AUGCUCAUCCUAAGAGCGCAUGACCUGUUUGAAAAUGAAAUCAACUUUAAUCUUGAUGAUUUCAUCGUCGAAUGUCGUUUCAAUUCCAUACAAUGCAGCAAAAGGUUGAUUGAAUCGAUUUCAUCGCCGGAGUUUGAUGCUAUGGGUAUCGAGUUUAAUCUAAAAGAGGAUGUCAAGAUACCAGGACCUGCGUUUGGAUUAGAAAUGAUCUUAAACGUACAGCAAGAUGAAUAUGUUCCAUUCUUUUCGCGAUCUGCGGGAGUUAAAGUGGUCAUUGGUGAAGGUGAAGUCUUUGAUGUUCCAACCGGAUUUGAUGUUGAUAUUGGUCUAUCAACAGUGGUGUACACAAGAUUGCCUGGUAAGACCGGACGAUGUAGUGACUCAGAAAUCUCUAUAGCUUAUUGUUUCCAGAACUGUACUUACUAUUCAGCUGUCUGUAGCUGCAAUUGUAGAUGGAAAACAUGGAGCUGCAAUGGCAUGUAUGAAGAUUCCUGUCUCACUUUCAAAGAUUUCGAAUGUAUAGAUAACGAGGUGUAUUUUAGCAGCAUAAAUGGAGAUUGCUCUUAUUGCAGAGUACCUUGCCAUGAAUUGACGUAUAGGCGGACUGUGUCAAUGUCAAAGUGGCCGGCAUACAGUUAUGCGCCGAUCCUUGAGAACAAACUUUCCAAGAAAAACAUAUCAAUAGCACAGUCAGUGAAUGACCUGGUCUCUGUCAGGGUAUAUUUCUCAUCGCUGAUCGUGGAGAAUGAAUUUGAGGUCUAUUCAUACACGGUCAUAAAUUUAGUCAGUGAUAUCGGCGGACAACUUGGACUUUGGAUUGGAGUCUCAAUUUUGAGUUUAUUGGAAGUCUUAGAACUAACGAGUCUUUUCACUCUGAACAUAUGUCAGCGGAAGAAAAACCAAGUAUCACAAACAGAGGAAGGCACUUCAAAACUGGAAACGGAUCAGUAUCAUAAUCAAGACAUGAUACAUGUUCAAGACCUUUCAAUGUAAUAUUGAUAAUUUGAUUUAUAUAUUCGACAACCUUGGUUAAAAUAGGGAGCCUGGCCAAUAUCUGCUAGGACAUGAUUCUUUCAUUGUGUGAUGGAAAACAUAUUGGUUUCAUUUGCUUACCUACUGAUAUCAUUAUUACUACAUUUUACCCCACUACUCAUUUUGAGAACUUGACAUCAUUUGUAUUUGACCCAAAAUUCCCUUGUGGCGGUUGUCUUCAACUACUCGUUUUGAAAACUUGACAUCAUUUAUAUUUUACCUAGAAAUUCCUGGCGGCGGUUGUCUUUGAUGUUCCAGUAGACAAACCCCUGCGGUACAUCUGGAUCUUUUAUCUUUUACAUGGAUAUUCAUAUGAACUGUUGUUUGGCCAUAAUCAUUUUGAUAUAUAGUUUUAUAUAUAAUUAGGGAUUUCAUUGUACAUUUAUAUUCGCUUGAUGUUUUCUUUAACCAGUUAAAGACUGUUGAAGUAUCAGUUUUCCUAACUCCUAACUACUGCCUGUGAAAGAGAAAUUGUUUGUGUAUGUUGUCAUUACAAUAUAUAAUCAUAAUUAUGAUAACAACAGUUUUUUCCCCAGUUUUAUCUCAAAUUUACGUAAGAGAGGACUCAUGUGUGUCCAUGGUCGGGCAGAGUUUCACUAAUGUCUCAUCGGGUCAUCAUAAGACCCAGUGUAUCCCACUGUAUCUUGACCAAAGCCGGGGCACUGUAGAAUCAGGUUUUUAUUAUACAAUUAAUCCUGUUUUAAGGUCGGCGAAGAAUACAAAUAAAUAUAACCAUGUGUAAUGUAAAUGUUGUAAUUUAAAGAAACAAAACAUUUCGUGUAUUUAGAGAAUUAUAAGUAUCUUUUUACAACAUAUGUCUACAUUCAUAUAUUGCCGGUAUUGUAUUAAUUGACAACACAAAGCCUUGUUGUUCUGGACGAGUCAUUCUUAAAUUAUCCAUUACGGGUUGCCACCUAGACUGGCCCCCUGUCUCUAGCAUAUUAAAAUUAUAAAUAAAAUUGAGCUUUAUGAUUUUGAUCCCUAGGAUAUGUCUGAUUCUAA